AUGCGGGCUACCGUCACCGAGGUGCCAGCUACCUCGAACGCUACUGGCCCCGGCUACAGCAUUCAGGGUUACGAGGACCUCAAGUACACCUACUCGUUCGUUGACAACGUCUUCGACCAGAAGAAGGAGGACCUCGCCUCGUACUACCAGAAGUGGGGUCGUGUCCUCUGCGUCCUCGACGAGAACCUCAACGAGCUGUAUGGCCCUUCGAUCAAGGCUUACUUCAACGCACACAACAUUAAGCCCACUCUCCACGUCUUCAAGGGUGGUGAGCUGCACAAGAACAUGGACACCAUGCUCGGCUUUGUCGACGCCAUGGACAAGUUUGGUCUCAUCCGCAAGGAGCCCGUGCUCGUUGUCGGUGGUGGACUCGCCUCGGAUGUGCUCGGCUACGCAUGUGCGUCGUACCGACGAAGCACGAACUACAUCCGUGUCGGCACCACCCUGAUUGCGCUGAUCGACGCUGCCAUCUCGAUCAAGGUCGGCAUCAACCACAAGAAGCUCAAGAACCGUUUGGGUGCCUACCACGCUCCCAUGCACACGUUCCUCGACUUUGACUUCCUCAAGACUCUGCCCAUUGGCCAGACCCGUAACGGUACCGCCGAGCUCAUCAAGAUCCUGCACUGCACCGACAAGUACACCUGGGGUCUACUUGUCAAGUACGGUGAGGACCUUGUCAACACCGCCUACGGCCGAAACGCCACGGGCCCUGGUGCCAAGGAGCUCAAGGCGGCUGCCGAUGAGAUCUGCCGCAAUGCGAUCAAGGGCAUGCUCGACCUCGAGUCGCCCAACCUGCACGAGAUCGGUCUCGACCGUGUGAUUGCCAACGGUCACUCGAUCUCGCCCACUCUGGAGCUCGCUCCCUUCCCGCCUCUCCGCCACGGUCACGCCGUCACCAUCGAUAUGGCUUGGUCGGUCACGUUGGCACACAUGCGCGGCUACAUCACCGAUGCUGAUCGUGACGAGUGGUUCGGUCUGGCCGGCAGCGUCGGCCUCUCGGUCGAUCACCCCUUGUUGACCGAUGCACUCAUUCUCGAGGGUAACGAGGCUAUCAAGAAGACGCGUGACGGUCUGCAGCGAUUCGUUCUCGCCAAGCCAUUGGGCAAGUGCGUCUUCGCCAACGACAUCUCGGAGGACGAGUUCAUCAAGUCGCUCGCUGUGCACAAGGCGUACGUCAAGAAGAUCGGUCGUGGUGACGGUGUCGGUCUCGACGCCUACGCCGACGCCGGUGACCUUGGUGCCGACCCCGAGGCUCUGAUCAAGGAGCGCAAGGCCGAGGCCACGCGUAUCAACGGUAGCCACUCUGCUGAGCAGCUUGCUAGGGAUGUCGCACCCAAGGCUGCCCGCGCCGUUGCCGCAUGA